CGCCCCCGACGUGGGCUGGAAGGAAGCGAAAUCGGAAGCGAGCGGCUGGCUGGAGGAUUCGGAGCUGGGCCAGAGGCUCCCGGGAUGGACUCCGAGAGGCCGGGCUCUGCCCCACUGCCCUGCACCCUGCAGCCAUCGAGCGAGCCAGGCUUUGUGCCGCUUCCCUUCUUCCUCCGGCAUGACUCCCCAGUGUCCUGGGACCUCUGUGCCCCUAUCCCUGCUGCCGAGAGCCUGGACUCAUGGGAGAGCGGCUUGCUGUGGGAUGGAAGGUCUCUGGUCAUCGCCAAUUCUUCCCGGGGGCAGCCGGGGAUGCCAGGGGGAGCUGGCUCCAUCUCCCCACAGCCACCUCUGGAUCUCUCCGGGUUUCCUUUGGCCAAGCCUUGGGACAUCCUCUCGCCGGAUGCCCCCGCUGACGCAGCCCCUGAUUUCGUUCACCCUCUGGUGGCGGCUGCUCACCUGGAUCCUCGUGCUUCGUGGUUGAUGUCAACGAUAAAUCCAGCUGGAUUUACCCCUCCUCUACCACCUCUGGAUCCUGCUGGUUUUCCUUCACCCGAACUCUGGACCGGGGCCCAUAUGGACGCCCCUCCUGACGCAGCCCCCGAUCCCGCUCUGCCCCCCGUGGCUGCUGCCUGCCUGGAUCCCACAGACAUACCCCCGACAUCGAAGUCAGAUCCAGACUUGGGUGAAGUCUUGGCCCACGUCUCUGACACCCUGAGAUGCCACCCCAAGGGUAUGAGAGUGAAGCCGCUGAUAAAGAGACUGCGGAAGGAGCAUGGGGUGGACCUGUUGGCAUUCAGCCAGGACGGAGGGUACCGGGGAGUCGUGUCCUUCCUGCAGGAGAUGCCGGGUAUUGAACUCUGGAACCCUGAGAAGGGAGAGAAGUGUCGUGUCCUGAGCUGUACCUUUAAGAAGAACAUCACAGACCCCCUGCCGCUACUCUGCAGCACACUGGGCUCCUUCCCCAAUGGCCUGCGGGUCUUCAGCCUGAGGAAGGCCAUGUGGCAGAGGCACGGGGUGAACUUGGAGGAAUUCAGCCAGCAACAGGGAUAUCUGAGCACCCUGGACUAUCUGACUAGGCUGCGUGGGAUCAGGCUGCAGGGUCUGGAGAGAGGGGAAAAGUGUCUUGUCCAGCUUCAGAAGGGUGAGGCUGUGAAGCCCCCUGCCCCGCAGCCCCCCCCAGACCCUGCUCCCCCAUUGGCCCAGCACAGCAGCAGCCCCCUGCUCGAUGCCCCUGCCAACGGGGGGCAGACAGGAGCCCCGGGAGAGAUGCCCGGCUUGGCCGAGGUCUCGGCCUGGGUGCGGGACGUGCUGGGCCGGUUCCCGCUGGGGCUGAAGGUGGGCAAGCUGAAGGAGGCGCUGCGGAGUGAGCACGGGCUGGACCUGGAGGAGCUGAGCCGUCAGCGGGGCUGCGGGGACGCCCUGCACCUGCUCCAGGCUCUGCCCCACCUCUGGCUGCGGGACCCAGACAAGGGCGACGCCUGCCUGGCCCGGCUGGACGCGGGUGAGGCUGUGACGCCCCCUGCCCCACAGCCCCCCCCAGGCCCUGCUCCCCCAUCGGCCCGGCACAGCAGCAGCCCCCCACCCGAUGCCCCUGCCAAUGGGGGGCCGAUGGGAACCCCGGGGGAGACGCCCGGCUUGGCCGAGGUCUCGGCCUGGGUGCGGGACGUGCUGGGCCGGUUCCCGCUGGGGCUGAAGGUGGGCAAGCUGAAGGAGGCGCUGCGGAGUGAGCACGGGCUGGACCUGGAGGAGCUGAGCCGUCAGCGGGGCUGCGGGGACGCCCUGCACCUGCUCCAGGCUCUGCCCCACCUCUGGCUGCGGGACCCAGACAAGGGCGACGCCUGCCUGGCCCGGCUGGACGCGGAUGCUGCUGUUAAUGCCCCCGCCCCCUCCCAGCAUGCUGAGGCGGGGGGGCUGGGGGCCGUGGGCCCAGCGAGGCGGACGCAAGGCCAGCAUCGGGUGGCAAAGCCCGGCGCAAUGGAGAUGUUGAUCCGGGGCGCCCUGGCCCCCUACCCCUUUGGAAUCCGGGUGAAGAACCUGCGGAAGGUGCUGGCAGGGAAGCAUGGAGCCGAGCUGGAGGCCUUCAGACAGGCCAGAGGCUACAGGGACGUGGUCUCCUUCCUGCGGGAUGUCCCGGGACUCACACUCCGGGGCCCAGAGAGGGGCAACAACUGCAUCGUCCAGCUCCAGAGAGGUGCGACUGAGGUCCUGACACUGCUCAAGUGCCUUCUACGUCCUCACAAGUCUGGCCUGCAGCUGCAGAAGGUGCAGGAGUUGAUGCUGGAGAGACACGGGCUGGAUCUGAAGGGGUUUGUGAGCUCUCAGGGCAAGGAGGAUGUGCUCGGAUACCUGCAGAGGCACCUGCCCACGCUGAAGUACAGGCGGCCGGAGAAGGGAGCCAAGUGUAUUGUCUGGUUGGGGACAGGGCAGAAGAAAGGCUUUGGAUCUUUGCCCCCUGGCAGUGCCCGCCCCUUGCCUGGCUCCAAGAGGUGCCUCCUCCCAACGAAUGCUGCAGAGCGCCCGCCCCCACCCGCCACCGACUGCCUCAACCCCCGGCUGCCCAGUGCUACCACCAACCAGCCUCUGCUUCCCAGCCUGCCCUCGGGCCGGGAGCCCUUCCGUGCUCCUGCUGUCCUGGGCAAGCUGAGAAAGUCCCCAGGGGCCAACCCCCGUCUCCCAGCCUGGUUACUGAGCCCACCCCGGCCCACCGGCGCCUGCUCAGGCCUGCGAACAGAAGAGGGGACCCAGGAGUCCGGGGCCAGGCCUACCAGUGCCCCCUUGAUUCUACGAACAGAGGAGGGGACCCAGGAGUCCGGGGCCAGGCCUGCCAGCGCCCCCUUGGUUCUGCGAGCAGAGGAGGGGACCCAGGAGUCUGGGGCCCAGCCACCUGAGGACCUGAUGGAGCUGAAGCGGAAAGUGGGGGCCAUCCUGGCUGGGCACCCCGGGGGCAUGUCUCUCUUCCAGUUCCGUGCCGCGUACAGCGCCGCCCACCAGCACCCGCUGCCCCUGGGCCGCACGGCCUCCACCAAGCAGCGGCUGGCACAGAUGCCCGACGUGGUGAGGAUGCAGGGCUGCGGGGUGCAGAUGCUGCUGCUGCCAGUGGACCCCGACGAACCCCCUGGGGCAGAGCCUGGUCUCACCCUGUGGAUCCCACAAGAAGCUGCUGCCCUGGUUGGAGACUCCGACGAUCCAGCUGAGCCCCCACCAGCACCUGCUGUUCCUGACCCAGCUGGGGACCCCGACACCCCAACUGAGCCCCCUUCCACCCUGGCCGAGAUCCCUCUAGUCCUCACAGCUCCCGCCCUGACUGGGGACCCCAACACCCUAAUUGAGCCCACUCCCGCCCUGGGCGAGAUCCCUCUAGUCCUCACAGCUCCCGCCCUGACUGGGGACCCCAACACCCCAGCUGAGCCCCCUUUCUUCCCUGCAGCUCCCGCCCCAGCUGGGGACCCCGACACCCUAACUGAGCCCACUCCCACCCUGGGCGAGAUCCCUCUAGUCCUCACAGCUCCUGCCCCGGCUGGGUACCCCGACACCCCAGCUGAGCCCCCUCCUGUCCCUGCAGCUCCCAACCUGACUGGGUACCCCGACACCCCAGCUGAGCCCCCUCCUGUCCCUGCAGCUCCCGCCCCGGCUGGGUACCCCGACACCCCAGCUGAGCCACCUCCUGUCCCUGCAGCUCCCAACCUGACUGGGGACCCUGACACCCCAGCUGAGCCCUCUCCCAUUCUGCCCGAGAUCCUUCCAGUCCUCACAGCUCCUAACCCAGCUGGGGACCCCAGAGUCCCAGUCAAGCCCCCUCCCACCUUUGUGGCUCCGAGAUGGGGGCCGAGCCCCCAGGCCCUGCAGUGCCCAGAGGCCGCCGGACCUGAAGCCAACUGGGAGUUACCUGCCUUGGUGCCCAGCGCCCCUGUGGUUCUCCCGGCAUCAGGGCCGGGCAGCAGCUCCUGGUUCUGGCUUGGGGCAGAGUCCCCCCCGGCCCCGGCCCCGGCCCCGGCCCCGGCUGAUCCCGGUGCUGCUGCUUGCCCAGUCGUGUACCCUCCCCCCCAGGAGGUCCCCCCAGCCUCCUCUGCAGGCCCAAAGCCGCCCUCCCUGUGCCCAGCGGCACCAGGGCCACCCCAGGCCCGGCUCAGGCUGGUCCAGUUGGUGCCUCCCUUCCAAGACCACGCCUGGGCUGGGGAUGCCCCUCGGGCACAGCCGGUCCCUAAAGCCCUGGAUCCGAAUCAGGGCACAUCAGCAGCCGUGGGAUCCCCUGUGGGCCCGAUCCCUGCAGCUCCAUCCAUGGGCCAGGUCGUCUCCCCUGCUAAGCAGCUCCCAGGGGUGGCCCCGGCUCCCCUCCCUCCUCCAGAUGCCAGUGGCUUUGUGACCCCCGAGCGGGGCUGGCCAGACGCCGGGCGCCCUGGCUCAGGGGGAGAUAUCGGCUCUUCUGUUGACCCCUCGCUGCGCUGCCAUCCGGCCCAGCCAGUCCCCUCUGCAGGGAGGACCCAGCUGGGCCCGCGGGCCAGGAUCCCCUCUGCCCCACCGACCCACUCGCCACAACGCCACACUGACACCUGCGUUCUCUUAUAG